AGUAUAAGCAAAGGGGGCGGAGCUGUCUUUCACUGGCAUCUCGUUUGUUUAAAACAUGUCUCCUUAACAACCGGACUCUUACACAUGAAAUAACUUUUUGUCGAGCAAACGUCGCCUGCUGGAUCGAGUCGGAAUGGCUGAGACAGGGGAGGGGAAGAAGGAAGAGGCAGACUACAAGAGACUCCACAGCUUUCCUCUCAUAAGGCACACAGACAUGGCAGAGGAAAUGAGGGUCGAGACUAUGGAGCUCUGUGUGACGGCCUGUGAAAAGUUUGCAACAAACAAUGAGAGUGCGGCGAAGAUGAUCAAGGAGUCCAUGGACAAGAAGUUUGGCAGCUCGUGGCACGUGGUGAUCGGCGAGGGCUUUGGCUUCGAGGUGACCCACGAGGUGAAGAACCUGCUCUACAUGUUCUUCGGAGGCAGCCUGGCCGUGUGCGUGUGGAAGUGUUCCUAGCCCCUCCCCUCCUCUCAUCACGCCGCCUGUCCUCCAUUGCGUCCGUCCUUCCCAUCAUUCCAUCCAUCUUCCCUCCUCACCUCUCCAACCACCGGGUUGUCUGAGUCCCCGACGUAGAUCUGGAGAAACUCUGAUAAAACAAGGGGAAAAGAGCGGGCUCAUUUCAUGGUAUCCAUUUAUUAACACUGCGAUGGGCUGCUGAUGUAAAGGGUUGUUCGGUGCCAAUCCCGUCCUGUCCUGGACCUCUGUGUCCCACAGGCUGGAUGUGGCUCCACUGUAUAGUUGGCUUUUAUUGUUAAGUGACAUAUAAUAUAACUAAAGUUACAGCCAUAACGUUUUAUGAAUGAUAACAUUAUAAGAUAUUUGUUUUUAUAUUUUUCUUACGUUUUUUGCAUCUCGGAACUCUUUGAGGUGCAAACGGUUCACCCACCCUCGUGUGGGGGAUGCGCUAGUGACUUUGCACGCGGUUAGCGGCGUCGGUUUCCUUGUGUACUUAUUAACCGGCCAUCUUGGCUGUACCAGCCAUCACUCGGAACGUGUGGUUUUAUUUGAACUGUUUAUUUUUAUUUUUAUUUUGAAACAGGCGUUUGAAAUGUUUAUUUUUAUUUUUAUUUGAAAUGCUGAGUACUGUAUGCUCUCGCUCAGAGACUCCACCGAUUAGACACGUCCUUCUGCUUCUCACCCUUCCGUAGACACACCCUCUCCCUCCAUGUAUCCCAGAUGCUGUAACCUCUCUCUCGUCUUUUUAAUUGCAUUCGUAUUACUCUGUUACAAUAAUACUGUAUAUCCGGCCAGGGUCUCUCCACAUUGUCCAUUUUUUUUUAAACCACUUUUCUCUUCAGGGACUGUGUGUGCACGUGUGAAUGUUUGUGUGUGCUGGACACACACAAUAUUUUUUAAGAAAAAGAAGAAAAGAAAUUAGAAAAAAGGUCUUUCCUCUCUGCCCAAGGUUCUUUGCAAUAGUCCUUUAUGUUUUUCCUCCCCUACACUUUUGUUAUUCUUUACGCUCUGUUUCCUUUGACUCUCUCUGUCCGUCCCCAGUCCCCCCCACUUUGUAGGUUUUCAACACAGUUUUGAUGUGUGUAAAUAUUUUGAUGCAACGAUUGGGGAUCACAUGUGAAAAACGGAACAACGCUGAACACUGUGGUCUCAAUACGAUGAAGGGCUGUGCGUGUGCAGCCCAGACACUACAGACCAGGGUCUGCUUUCCUUCAGUUAAGGACAUGUUUCAGGACUCGUCCGGUGUACAGAUCCACAAUAAUCCCAACCUUAUGGUUGAUGUUGUUGAUGUCAACGUUUUUCUUACGCUUUACUUUUACGUUCAUACCAGUUUUAACAGACCCAAGCGAACAGACCUGUAUGCGUGCUGUUCUGGUGAUACAAUAAACUUCGAGUUGUGUUUUAAACAGA